AUGCCCUCUGUCGCCCGGCUCAUACGUGGUCAGUUGGUCGAGAUCAACGGGCUUCAGGCGCCGAAGGCUACUUCAGAGCGCUGGAGACAAGAUGGCGACAAAGGAGCCCGCGACUUCAAUGGCCAGCAGGGCCAGCUCAUCGAGUUCAGCGAUGAAACCGGCGAAUGGACUGUCGCCACGUUUUCUGCAGACAUGGUUUCAGUGCCUGAGUCCAACAUCAGGCCCUUGACGACAGACGACCUUGCAGACUGCGACAUCGCUUUGGGACCGGCGUCAGAUACCGGUGUUAUGGGAGCAGAGCUUACCGAUAGCCUGUCGCAGAAAGGGUACGCGCUUUGCAAACUCUUCGUUGCGCCAGAAGACUUGACAGAGAUGGCCAACACAGCAGACAGGUGCGUUGAGGGAGGCGCGUUUUCCCGACUGCCUCCUGAACUCGAGACAGGCUACCUGGGCAAGGAGGGCAAGGGAAAGACACUGUCCGUCGAUCUGGAAAGCACCGACACAGCUGACUUUCUACGGGAGUCGCCCUUGAAAAUCUUCGAAGAUGCCAUUGAGACUGUUGGUACAUUGCUGCGACCCUUCGUAGAAACCGAGCUUGGCUUCGACAUCUACAGCCGCAGCAGUACGAUGAUGUCUUUGCCUUUCAGCGAGGAUGAGGAUCUCUACUCCGCCCCGGAGCUGGAAAACGAAGAAGCUGCCAGCUUCCUCUCGAUGAUGUGGCGAGCAAAGGUCAUGAUCCUCAUUAAUUCUGGGCCCGGUGCCAGCGUGCUGACACUGACCCCAAAGGCCAUCACUGAUCAGGAUCCUGUGGAGCCACAGCUUACCAUCCAGCCGGGAAUGCUUUGUAUAUUCAGCAUGGACAGGUACAAGUUUGCAUGCAGUUCAGAUGGGAAAGCUUUGUCGCUUUCUGCAUUCUUUUUAGAUGCUCCUCGCGAGUAUGUCAUUGAUAACAUCACCGGGGACCUCACAUUCUUGACGGGCUCGAUCAGCGGGCCCUCGCAGCCAAAGGUAGAAUCAGUACCUGUGGUUUCCAUGGGCAUGAGAUAUGCCUUUGGCGUAGAUGAGCCAUGGAAGACUUGGGUGGCCUACGCGAAAGCUGGCUGGGACACCAUUGUCAGGCAUCCCACAUCAAGAUGGGACUGCGAUAUGUAUUACGACCCUGACGCAGAUCAAACAUCUGGCAAGUCCUACACUUGCCAUGGUGGUUUUUCUGAUGGAAUAGAACUUUUUGACUGCCGCUUCUUCGAUAUUUCUCCGGCUGAAGCCAGAGGCAUGGAUCCGACGCAGCGCCAGGUCUUAGAGGUCUCUUACAUCUCCCUGCAGGGCGCUGGAUGGACGAAGAAAAGCCUCCAGGCCAAGCCUGCCAACAUUGGCGUUUUUGUUGGGCUGGACAAGAAUGAAUGGAACAGCAUACCGAAGGACAUUUCUGGUGGAUUCGCCGCAUCAAGCGGAGCGAAUGCAAUCACUGCCAACCGUUUCAACUACUGCAUGAACCUGAAGGGUGCGAGCAUGACGAUCGACACAGCUUGCUCUGCUUCGCUAGUGUGUACUCAUACAGCCAAGCUGUAUUUGCUUCACAAGCACUAUGACCCGUGCGAGGUUGCGGAAAGAAUGCGAUUUGCAGCUUGUCUUCAGACGGAGAAGUAUGCUUCAAAUCCACUUGCAAGGAGCUGGUGCCGUGUCUGUGCGUUUGACAGAGAUAGGUUGCGGCAGCAGCUGGCAGCCGCGACAUCGGUGCCGGUCGCAGAAGACAAUGUUGCUGUUAAUCGUAUGUUGGAUCACCUCUGGCCAUAUGUGGCAGAAAACACAACGAGGGAGCUGACAAUGCAACUGGAACCCUCGAUACGGAUGGCUUUAAGCAAGCUGCCUUCACCUCUCAACAAGUGCAGUGUGGACUUGCAGCGCUCUACUUUAGGGACAAGGCCCUUGCGAUUCUUGGCGCCGCAUGCAUCUUGGUCGAGUCCUACAAGCUUCACCAUAAGCUUGCGAUUAGAAUGGGACAGUGACAGUUCGGUCUACUUGAUGUUUACAGGAGCCACGUUGGGAAUCGUAAACCUCAGAGUCGUUGGAAAUCUGAUCGUCGAACUGUUGCUCUCUUCUGGCGGAUCCCGAUCCCUUCGAAGCUUGCUCUCGGGUUUCCGCGUUUUCUUUCCAACGCCGCCAGAUAUCCAGUUUGAUGUCGACCGCGGCCAAUUAGCCACAGCUGUGAAUUUCGCAAUGCUGAAACGCAUGAUUUUUCAAGCCAUCUCAGAGAAGUGGGCAGAGAAGAUGGUCUUUCCCAACUGCCAGGGCCUUUCUUGGACGAGCAGCCUUGACAUCCUGGAUGUAAAGCGGCCGAGUGUUGAAGGCAUUCUCAUCCUUCAGAUCACCUCAAUCAAGGGACUUGCAGAACCAGGCAAGUACAUCAUUGAGAUGAUCUUUGGAUCUGAUGUUCACUCCGCUUGCUGCGAGCUGGAUGCGCGCUCGGCUUCACUCCACGAUGUUUGUCGUUUGCCCGUCCUGGUGCGGGCGUGCGCUCACCAGCGGCUUCUGGUGAAGCUGUCGAGAGACUGGGCUGCUUCCUAUGAACUGCUCGGCUUCCUUAGCCUGCGAGCUGCUGACCUUGUGAGUGCCGCUCGAGAUGGAGCUCGAACCUACACGCUUGAGUCGACGGAUCCGAGCAUCGGCGCGCCUGCAUCGAAGCAGUCUAUCAACGUUAGCUUCGACUGGUGGCCGGUCCAUGCCGCGCAGGAGGAGGAGGCCCCACCAGCACUUCUUUCGGUCGGCAUAUACUCGGCAAUGGUGCCGCGCGUUGACGGUGUGUUCUGGGUUGUCCUUCAGCUUGGCAGUGCCGGCAAGACGACGAGGACAAGCCAGAAAAGUCCGCACAACGACGCUGAAUUGCAGAGGAAGCUCCAAAUCUUGCAGAAAUACCGGAUAGAGGACAGCGACCUAGCCGAAGUACUGGACGAAGUGGGUCCGGAGAUGUUGAAGCAACACGCAGGCACUUGGGGCAAAGUUGAGUGGCUUGAGAGCUUCGAUUUCCGGCUGGAUCCACGAAGUGCGGGAAUGCCAUCUUUGACGGUCGAGCUGUGGCACAAGGCACCAGGAAAGUCGGAGACGAAAACGGGAGUCCAUCAGCUAGUUCCAGGAUGUGGCAGGCGCCGGUCGUUGGCUUUUGAAGGAUCUUCGGCAAGGCUGCAGUUUCGAACGCAGCUGGCCUACUUUGCAAAGUCCUCUGAUGUCAAAUCGACGUUAAGUUCCGCGCCAGAGGAGCCAGAAGCUGGAAUUUCAAUGGCAUCCGCUUUCGCUUCAGCGGUCGACGGUGGAAUGGUGGUAUCUGACGCAGUCACAACGGCUGUGAACGAGGGGCUGGCUGCCAUGGAAGGUGCCUACAACGGUCUUUCUGCGGCAGCAGGGGCAGGAAUUGAGGCUCGCGAUCUGCAGGAGCAGGGCGACUUCUGCCUCUUGGCAGGAAGCCAAGUGAACCAGGACGGGCGCAGUGCCUCUUUGACUGCACCGAACGGACCAGCGCAGGAAAGAUGUGCACAGGCUGUCAUGAAGGAAAUCGGUGUGAAGCCACCGGAGAUUGACACCACUGAGUGCCACGGUACAGGCACUUCCUUGGGAGAUCCCAUCGAGAUUGGUGCCUACAGGAAGGUCAUGGCUUCUGUACCAAGGCACGAACCCGUGGUAAUCACGUCCUCCAAGAGCAACAUCGGUCACUGUGAAGGCAGUGCCGGAAUUUCUGGAUUCCUGAAGUGUGUGCUGUUGAGCUUGUAUGGCGAAGCAACACCCAACUGCCACCUCAACUGCUUGAAUCCGCACUUGGACAUGACUGGUUUUCCUGGGAUCAUCACGACAGAGAAUGUCACGUUCCGUGCAGAGGCCUCGUACAAUGGCGUCUUGUCCUUCGGCUUCGGUGGGACGAAUGCUUGUGCUACAGUCUGGGGUGUCAACCAAAUAACAUCGAGAGGAGUUGGCACAAACAAGGACCUGUACAGCCUCUUCAUCAGGAAGAUGCAAGAUGCACCUCCCCAGGAGGUUACGAUUGUUGGGGACGACUGGGAGGACUGGGAGAUGGGGGGUCCUGACAAGGACGCAAGGUUUAACGACAUCUUCGAGGUUGAGCUUGAUCCUGAUGGCGUCGUCAGCUAUUGGAAGAAGGACAAGGAGGUACCAGACAUGGGUUGCCCCUACUACAUCACGGGAACCUUUAACGAUUGGAAAUAUGAGGAAAUGGAGGCAGAUGCAAGUGUGCCCGGCCUCUUUUAUGCGUCUAUUCGCAUUACUGCGAACGUUGAGGAAGAGUUCCAAAUCCUUGCAGACAAAGAGCCGAAGAUGACUUUCCAUCCAUCCACCAGGACAUCGAUGAAGUCUUCUACAGUCCGCGGGCCAGAGGAGACGAAGCGAGAAAAUUGCUGGUGUGUCAGAGGAUCGAAAGGGGAGAGGUAUCGAGUCGAGUUCUACAGAUCUGACACGGGUGCAGCAACGGUGUCCUGGCUGAGAGAGCAGUAG